AUGGGUGGUGAGGUCGCUGGUUCAAACAUCGAUGGAUAUGUGUCAAAUCUUGAAAACAAGAGAAUUGAUCUCUUUGAUCGUGGCACCAAAGGAUGUGGGGAAGAUAAUGUCUUGCUAGCACCGUAUGAAGUUACCGUGGAUGGCUGCUAUUUGCUGGUGCAAACUGUUCAAGACACCAUCAAUGUUGGAACAGAAACUGCAGCAGCACUCAAGGAUCAGAUGGAGUUAGCAUUGAUGGCUGCAACCAUGACAAAUCAACAGCUAGUAGGUAGUGGAAACUGGAUGAUGGAUGAGACUGAUCAAGCCAUCGAGAGAAAAAUAAUUUCUGUAUCUCGUUGUUUGUUGUGGACUGUUCAAGACACUGUCAAUUUUGGAACAGAGACUGCGGCAGCACUCAAGGCACAGGUUGUUAAUGAGCUGGACUCUAUCCAUUUCUCGAUCAAGAAAGCUUCUCAACUUGUGAAGGAACUUGGUAGGCAGGUUGCAACUGAUAAAUGUAUUAUGGCUUUACUCUUCCUUAUUGUCGUUGGAGUCAUAGCCAUCAUUAUUGUUAAGCUCGUGAACCCAAACAACAAGGACAUCAGGGAUAUUCCAGGAUUAGCCCCACCAGCAAUGACUCGGAAAUUACUUUGGAGUGCUAGUUAAAAAUUUAGAAAAGGAUCAUGUAAUGAGAUUGUGAUGAUGAUUUGUCAUCUUAUUGGAUGGAAUAGCUUAGCUUGUGAUGCUGCUGGUGGCACCUUCUUUACAGAGCUGGUCUACUUGAGUAUGGAUUUCUUUCUAGUGACUUUUCUGCAGAGUGGUCAAACUUUCCCAAACGAUAGUCUGUCAAACAACUGCUGGGAUUCAUUUGCUUCAAUUGGAAGUGGUCUGUAUGAUAUUUCUUCCCCGACUGAAAAAUCAUUCCUAUUUGAGGGAAACUAAAAAAUGUGUAGAUUGUGUUGGUUCACACCAUGUAUUUGCUACACUUAUAAGAUAUUUGAUCUGCAU